AUGGCCGGUCGUGCGCUGUUGGUGUGCGCCCUCUGCGCGCUGUGCUGCGCCGCCGGCGGGGGCUGGGCGGCGGAGGGGGAGGGCUACUGCACGGAGCGCGACUGGAGGGACUUGCGGGCGGUCGCGAAGGACAUGAGUGAGGCGGAAAUUGCGGCGAAGUACUGCGGCCGCAAGCCGGAGUUUGUGCGUGGGCUGCGGGCGAGUCUGCAGGGCGAUGGGGCGGAGGAGGGGGCGGUGUCUGGCCACGGCGGAGUGGGCGGCGGUGUCGAAGGCGCUGCCGGCGGCGGGCUCGCACAACCCGCCGGAGCAAAGGAGGAAGGGGAGGAAAAUAAUCCGCAGGCGGAUACGCAUGGCGCCGAAGUUUCGAGAGAAGAAACAACUGGGCCGUCAGGGGAGCACGGAGGACUGGGCGGGUCACCGUCACGAGAAAAUGAACCGUCGCCAUCAGGAGAAGCGGAAGGGCACUCAGCAUCGGGUGCUUCUACUGGCGUAAAGGCCGCCGAAGUUCAGCUUGGGGCUUCGCUGGGCGGGCCAAGCGACGCUGAGACAUCGCUAGGCGAAGGACAGACAGAGAACAGUCUGCAGGGGCCACCACAUGCAGCGCCUUCGACAGGGCUCGACGGUCAAAGAACGGUACAAGAGGAACAACACAAAACGGAUUUGAGCACGCCUGAAGAAGUUCCAUUAAAGGGAGCAGACGUCUCGACAACACAAGGUGAUGAGCACACUCAAAACUUAAGGAAUACAUCAGAUGUAAAUGCCCAAGAAACAACCGAAAUCGUUCCCUCUCAAAAUUCCAAUGUUGCUGCCG